UGCACAUUGCCAGAAAAAAAAAAAAACACACGUCAGCUGAAUCGGUGUAUGUCACAGCACGAUAUUUCACAGUAUUUUCCGAAAGAGGCACUUAAGCUUUGAAUUGGAAGCACUGCAACUUUUUACGCUUGGUUCCAGGUACGAACACGGGAGAGAGAGAGAGCGCUCGUGUCCGGCGUAAAUCAUGGAAUGUUAGUGUUCGGAUGUUCGAGGACGCAGGUAAGCGCGCGCGCUGCCCUCCUCGCGCUAGCCACUUUUGUAGCCGUGCGACAACUCAGCCUUUUAUUCUAUUGUUGUCUCGUGAAGUGGAGCGCAUGAUGAUGAUCCAGUGAGCGCUCCAGAAUAAAACUCUCUGGAGUGCACGUCAUGAAUAUUCCCAAAAAAAUGUGUGCUGAGUGGCUGGCCGCACCUGUGCUUCUGCAGCCGUAGCGCGAUGGAGAAGUACGACACUCUGGGGCUCCUGGGUGAGGGCAGCUACGGCGUGGUGAUCAAGUGCCGCAACAAGGAGAACGGCACCAUCGUGGCUGUCAAGAAGUUCCUGGGCUGCGAAGAUGACAAAGUGGUGAAGAAAAUUGCCUUGAGAGAAAUAAAGAUGCUCAAGCAACUCAGGCAUGAGAAUUUGAUCAACCUGCUUGAAGUCUGCAGAAAGAAGCGAAGGUGGUACCUUGUGUUUGAGUUUGUGGAGCGAACCGUUUUAGAUGAUUUGGAGCAGCAUCCAGGUGGCCUUGAGUACAACAAAGUGCGCAGAUACCUCUUCCAGAUCCUCAGAGCCGUCGCUUUUUGCCAUCAGCACAAUGUAAUCCAUCGAGAUAUAAAACCCGAGAAUGUUCUUGUAUCCCAGUCCGGGGUCAUCAAACUAUGUGACUUUGGCUUUGCGAGGAGCACCGCUGCCCCCGGCGAGAUUUACACAGACUAUGUGGCAACGCGGUGGUACAGGGCUCCAGAGCUACUGGUAGGGGACAGCAAGUAUGGCAAGGCUGUAGAUGUGUGGGCUGUUGGCUGUCUGUUUGUGGAGAUGCUCACCGGUGAGCCUCUCUUCCCUGGAGACUCUGACAUUGACCAGCUCCAUCACAUCAUCCGCUGCUUUGGUCAUUUAACACCCAAGCACCAAGAGUUAUUUUACAAGAACCCGGUGUUUGCUGGCGUCAGUUUGCCAGAGGUGACUGAGAGGGUAACCUUGGAACAGCGAUUCCCCAAGUUCUCACCUGUGGUUUCAGACUUAACUAAGAGGUGCCUGCAGAUUGACCCCGACCUAAGGCCUCCGUGCUCCGACCUUCUGCACCACGACUUCUUCAGUAAGGACAGCUUCGCCGCCAGGUUCGCACAGGAGCUAAAUUCCAAGACGCAGAAAGAUGACAGGGAGAGCCCCUUCUUGCCUAAAAUGCCGAAAAUGACAAAGAGGGAGAAAGAAGACUGUGCUACGGAUGACAAAGACGUAACGUAUAAGGUGUCCAGCAGACCUGCAGCAGAAAAGGACCCGAAUGCGGCGCCACUGAUACCGCCCAUUGCCAACAGUCCCCUGGUGAUCAUUACCAACGGCCUCAAUUGGAGCAUGAGCGGCGGGCGUUCGCCGGGGCUGCCGGCCGCCCCCGUCAACAUAUGGUCAAAUGACAAAACGAAGAAGCACGUGAACACCCUGAGCAGAAUGUCGCAGCAGGCUCUGUAUAGCGGUUACGGCGGGAACCUCUCUGGGCAGGUACACUCUUCAGUAAAAUGUCACACAAGCGGCGUCACAGUACAUUUUCAGUAUAAUAAGACGACGGGAGGAAGGACAGCGGCGAGUAUUCUUGAAAAUUAUAAAUCUGAGUCACAGGGUUUGUCUAUUAAAGGGAGAUUUUCUAUAAAUACUUCAAAAAAAUCCUGUCGCUGGGCAACUGCGCGUGUUUCCCGUGGCUUAGAAUGUUGUCGUCGUUUUGCUGCUCAGCUGACAUUUCUUUCACAUUAUGUCGUUUGCUUAAGGGCUCAACAAUAUCGUUCGCAUCAUAAGAUGGUAUUCUUCACCACUACGACACCGGCCCACGUGCUCAGUAAUUCUGUUCAGGCACAUAAAGUUCGAAACAAAUUCCGUGAUCGUUCAGGUUACGUCUGAGAAGGGCGUGAUCCAGGAGCGGUCGUUUCAGCUGGACCGCGCUGCCAACUCAACCAGGAAGACA